ACUAAUUGAAAUGAACUUAACCUAUAUUUUGUUGGAGCCGAAUAAUUUAAAAUGAGACUUAAUACAUCGAUAAAUAAUUUAUCUUAUCUUAUGUAGCAAUUUCUAACAGCGCAAUUAAAAUUGCGAGGUGUUUGGUUUGGAUUAACUUGUUGCCACGAGUGAAUUAAAUUCUGUUUGCAAUGUUAACUUCGAGGUUAUUGGAAUUAGUCAAUAAGAAAUGGUUCAAUGUUCAGAGAAAAACAACAAGAAGUGUACAGUCUGCCAAAGAUGUAAUUUUAAGUGGCGGACUUAUCAUUAUUAGCGGGGUCUUCAUUGUUUGGUUAUCCGUGUUUCUCUAUACGGUAUUUUAUUAUGUCUACAUGCCGAGUAUGUCAUAUAUACGGCCAGUGCAUUUGCAAUUCAAGUCCUGCAAUGAACGAAAAGGAAUUUGUAGCUUUCCAUCGGCUUAUGUACAGCUAACAAAUAAGCAACAACUUCUAAUGGUUGGGCAACCUUAUAAAGUUAACUUGCAUUUAGAAAUGCCCGAAUCUCCAGCUAAUAAAGAACUUGGUAUGUUUAUGGUUUGUGCACAAUUGCACAGUAGAGAUGGUUUCUUGGUGAAACAUGCAUGUAGAUCUGCCAUGCUGCAUUAUCGCAGUAGAUUAUUACAUGCACUCACAACAUUCACAUUUUCACCUAUGAUGAUUUUUGGUACCACAGAAGAAAAGCAAAAUGUAGUUUUAGAACUAUUUGGUAAUUUUGAAGAGGAUCAAAGUCAUCCAGUUACAAUCGUUUAUAUUGAAAUACAAUCAAGACACAUUGAAUUUUACUCUGCAAAUAUUAUGAUAAAUGCGCAUUUAUCGGGUGUACGUUAUCUAAUGUUUCACUGGCCGAUUUUGUCUGCCAUUGUCGGUAUUGGUACAAAUUUGUUUUUCAUAGCCCUUGUGUGCAUUUUUUCUUAUCUCCACUUUACCACAUACGAGGAAAAUAGAGAUGAUGGUUUCAAUUAUGAAGAAAAGAAGACUGAUGAAAUAGAAGAAGAAAAAAAAGAUUUCAAUCAAGAGAAAGAGAAAGAACAUAAAACUGACACUGAUCAGCAAUCUGAUUCAUCAUCCUCAGAAGAUACAUUUACAUUGCCAGAUUUUGUUGAAUCUGAGGCAGAAUCUCGAUUUGCUCAUAUUGAAUCACUAUAGUAACUUCAUAUAUAUCCAGAGAAGCAUUUGUGAAUGUAAAUAAUUCCUAAAUAAAUUAGUGAAUAACAAUUCAAUUUGUUAUGCACAUAAUGUUCAAAAAGGUGAGUGUUUUCUGUAACA